GCUUGCGCAGCGCCGGCAGACAGUGCCCAGUCCUUCGCAGAGCGAUCGUUGGCCUCAGGGACAGGGCUUAGGUACAAGAUGGCCGCCGCGCGCUCGGACCCCCCGAUUCCGAGCUCACCGACCCGGGAGUCUCAAUUCCCGGAGCAGCCGGACCUGGUCCUGAUACCUGCUGGUGGCCGCUCUGCCACACCCUCAAGUGACCUCAUCGAGAUCCAGGUGGUAAAAGUCACAGAUAGCACAUCGGUCCCUGAGCCCCCAGAGCCCGGACUUUUUCAUUGUGCCUUGUGUCCUGCUGCCUUCCACCUGGUCUCGGAGCUGCUGUUUCACGAACAUGGCCACCUGGCAGGCAUGGAAGGGCGUGGGCAGGGCGGGCACCCUAGCCGUUGUCACGUGUGUGGCCACAGCUGUCCAGGUCCUGCUAGCCUUCGUGCCCAUUACAGCUUGCACACUGGAGAGCGGCCUUACCGCUGCCCAUUCUGCCCACUGGCUUUUAAGGCCUUGGCACCUCUGCUCCGGCACCAGCACCGACAUGGGGUGGAGCCAGGCACUUCUGGAAGGCUUCCACCUGCAGCAUCAACUGGACAGCUGAACCCAAGGGUGGCCCAGGAGAGGUCAGAGGUGGUGGUGGCUGCAGCGGCUGCGGGGGCUGUGGUGGGCAAGCCUUUCGCCUGCAGGUUCUGUUCCAAGCCCUUCCGCCGCUCCUCAGACAUGCGAGACCAUGAGCGGGUGCACACAGGGGAGCGGCCCUACCACUGCGGCAUCUGUGGCAAGGGAUUCACGCAGUCCUCUGUGCUGAGCGGUCAUUCCCGCAUCCACACUGGCGAGCGCCCCUUCCGCUGCAUGCUCUGCGAUCGCACUUUUAAUAACUCCUCCAACUUCCGAAAGCAUCAGCGCACCCACUUCCAUGGGCCAGGGCCUGGGGUGGGAGGAUGUAUAGGCCAACUGAGAUCAUCUUCGGUGGCCCAAGAAUCAGGGAGUAAGUGUGGGACAGAGAAUACUAAGGAAAGUGAGACUAAGGGUGCAGAGAGACUGUGAAGGUGAAUGUGAAGGUUGACCAGUAGGCUGGGAAGUAGGAAAUCUGUCAUUGCUUAGGUGGGUGGGGAAAUAGAGGUGGAAACCAAGGAGAAAUAAUGAGCAGCUGGGGUUGGAGAAUUGAGAGAGGGAACCGAGUUCUGGUCUCCCAGAAACCCACGCUACUCUUGAGACUCAGGAAAGAGGCACCUGUAGUUCUGUGGAUGCCCAGAUAAAUGUGAGAAUACACAGACAGCUGGGUAUGGCCCACACCUAUAAUACCAGUACUCUGGGGACUAAGGCAGGAGGUCCAGACCAGCCCAAGCUGCAAAGCAAGACUCUAUCUACCACCACCUCUGGUACAAUCCUGGGACCACCUCUGGACCUGGUAGGGGCUGCCUUAAGGUGGACGAAGAUGAAAUCUUUUGCCUACCUCAACUGAAAUGCACUGGUCCUGGGAUGCCCACCAGGCCAUAUCUAAAGGGAUGCUGGGAUACCUUCCUCUUGAAUCCAGAUAUCUAAACCACAGUUGGGAGUCCACGAGUCUCUAGGAUGUGAGCCUGCUUAUAGAGAUUAAUUCUAAACUUUGCUCACCUCUCCAUCCUACCCCCUAGAGGUCUUGCCUUAACUCAUGAGACUCUUCUGGAAGCAACUAAGAGCAAGCAAGCAAGCAAGCACUCACCUGGUAUCCCCUUAAGCUUUAGGAUCAGGGCCUGUGGUUGGUCUCCCAUAUCUACAAAGAAGUUUCAGAUUUAUCUAUUCUCCACUCUGAGGUAGACCUCUUCCUCCUGGGCAAUUCUGAGAAAAGGUUGGCUGAUGACAACCUUGGUGAGUGGAGCCAGGGUGUAGAGUAAGAGAGUGACACUGCUGUAAGGGGCUAAAAGGACUUGGGAGCUAGAGUCUGGGGUGGGAGUGGGGACUUCUAGUCUGUUCCUAUUAAAAGACUUCCUGAAAGGC